AUGAAGCUCUCCCUCGCAGUACUCUUCAUCUCCCUGCAGUCCCUCGCCUUCGGGAUGACCAUCCACCCGGAUGCCCAGCCGCCCCACAGCGUCCUCAUCCACGCCCCCGGCGGCGGCGGACGUGGCGGUAACGGCGGCAAGGGUGGCAACGGCGGUGCCGGCGGCGCGGGCGGUGGUGCCGGUGGCGCAGGGGGCGCAGGCGGUGCGGGUGGUGCUGGCGGCGCUGGUGGCGGCCAGGGAGGUGCCGGCGGCGACGGCGGCGAGGGUGGCGCUGGUGGUGACGCCGGUGAGCCGACGCCCACCACGUCUGCCAGCCGCUCCGGGACCACCAUCUUCGACUACAUCUCGACCUCGUCGCCCAAGGAGGGCACCACCAUCUUCGACUAUGUCACCACCUCUUCGAGGUCGUCGUCGACCAAGGAGGGUACCACCAUCUUCGACUACAUGACCACCACGCCGACGGCCUCGCUUACGGAGGAGUUCGGCAUCGGCUGUGGGCGCACUUCAUCGGCCAAGGAGGGCACUACCAUCUUCGACUACUUCGGGUCCUCGCCGUCGGCUGAGAGCUCCACCUCGUCUGAGGGUGCGACGACCAUCUUCGACUGGUUUGGCUCGUCGCCCUCGGCCGAAUACAAGACCCAGGUGGCGUAA